AUGUUAGGUGUAAAUAGUAUGGCCAACACCCUACGCAGUAUUCUGGCUCCAGGGAACAACCUAAGUAGCGAGUUGUCGACUGCCCUAAUAUCCAUUGGAACCUCUAUUGACCAUAUGCGCACCAAACAAGAUGCUUUAUCAAAGGAGCUAGAAUUGGUUCGUAAGCUGUCUCGUUCCAACUGGCUAUUGAUCAUCAACCUUCCAUUACCAUUUGGAGUUACCAAAAUACAAGCAGUUCAGAAUUUGUUCUCCGAAUUAGGAUUUUGCAAGCCGUUAUUCGAUGCGGAUCGAGACUUGAUAGCAACAGACCUCGUUUACGUAAAUCGAUCUGGGUUACUGGCAAACAUGUCGAUAUUCAUACCCCAAAGGCAUUAUGACCACGUGCUAAGCGCUGCGUUUCAAAAGUCCAUAAUGGAACAUAACAAGAAGUUGCCGAAAGAGCAGUGGGUGGCUGUUGGCCGCGUACUUACCCCGCGGGAACGCGAAGACUAUGAGACUUGUUGUUCGUUGAAACGUCUCAUUCUGGCUAAACUUCGCCACGAGAAAUUAGGAAAUCCAAAGUUACAUGUUCCGUUUAUAAUCGUUGAUAAAAGAAGCUUGAGAUUGCGUAUUGACAAAGAGAUGGUUCUGCUAGAUGAAGCAGCCGCCAAAUAUGGUAUUUCAACCGACUCAAUUUCGGAUGACCGCGCCCGCCAUGCACGUCCACCCGCAAUUGAUAGCCGAAAAAGGCCAGGUCCUUCAGUUGCAGGACCUGGGGGCAAGCAACCCCGUAACUGAGAAGACUGUAG